CUCCUUAGUUUCAGCAAAGGAUAUUUGCGGGGGAUGCAAACUCCGGGACCCCAAGAAUUGGGUCAGGGACAAAGGAGGAGUUUCCUCGCUUUUUUCAGGCAGGUUAUUAUUAUAUUUUGGGGAGUGGGGGUGUUAUGAGAGGAGCGACGACCACAGUCACACACACUGGAAGCCCUCACGUUGCGUUUUCAGCUAUGGAAGCUCCACAGAAAAAAAUCAUCCUGGGACAUCAAUCAAAAGGGACUGUUGCUCAAGAAGAUGGCAGCCCUCCAUCAAAAAAAGCCAUGACAGAAAUCCAUGUAAAGGAUAAAAUACACACAAUGGUAAAUAAGUUGCCAGUAAUUAAGAAGGAACAUUUGGAUGAAUGUGAAGAAAAUCCUAUAGAUGACAGAGAAGAAGAUGCCAAACCAAAUAUUGCUGCAGCAUCAGAGCCUUUGAACUUAAAUCCUGGUUUAAAACAUACAUUGGCACAGUUCCAUUUAAGCAGUCAGAGUUCACUUGGUGGACCAGCAGCAUUUUCUGCUCGACAUUCACAAGAAAACAUGUCAUCUGUUUUUGUACCUCUUCCAUCACCUCAGAUUCUUCCUGGCCCAUUGCUUGUCCCUUCAGAUAGUUCUACAGAGUUGACUCAGACUUUACUGGAAGGGGAGUCUAUAGCUUGUUUUAAAGUUGGAGGAGAAAAAAGACUUUGUUUGCCUCAAGUUUUGAAUUCUGUCCUCAGAGACUAUUCUCUACAGCAAAUUAACACAGUGUGUGACGAACUUUACAUCUAUUGUUCUAGAUGUAGUUCUGAUCAGCUUCACAUCUUAAAAGUUUUGGGGAUUCUGCCCUUUAAUGCUCCUUCUUGUGGACUUAUCACUUUGACCGAUGCUCAAAGAUUAUGCAAUGCAUUGUUGCGUCCUCGCACUUUUCUUCAAAAUGGCAGCCUACUUCAUGCUAAAAGUUCACUGGCCCAACUAAAGGAGACUGGAAGUGCCUUUGAAGUAGAACAUGAAUGCUUGGGCAAGUGUCAAGGUUUGUUUGCUCCACAGUUUUAUCUUCAGCCAGAUUCCCCAUGUAUCCAGUGUUCAGAAUGCUAUGGAAUGUUUUCACCCCAAACCUUUGUGAUGCAUUCCCAUCGAUCUCCAGACAAGAGGACUUGUCACUGGGGCUUUGAGUCAGCCAAGUGGCACUGUUAUCUUCACAUUAAUCAAAAAUAUUUAGGAACAUCUGAGGAAAGAAAUGUGAAGCAACUCUUAGAACAAAUGAAAGAAAAAUUUAGCACGAAGACUCAAAAAAUACCCCAAUCUAAGGCAGAUUCCCAUUAUAAUGUAGAAUUUCAGCAGUGGUAUCCAGUUAUAAAGCAAGAAACAGAUUCUACAGAUCAGCCACAUUCAUUUAUACAUCCCAGCUAUUUCUUUUACAUGUGUGAUAAAGUGGUUGCUCCCAAUGUAUCUCUUAGUACUAAAGAAACCACAAAAACGGUUGAAAAGAUAUCAGACGUAUGUAAAUCAUUUCCCGGGCAAUCACUGAAACAGCAGAAUGGUAGCAAACGCAAAAAAAGCAUCUUUUAUCAGGACAUUGCUCUUGAAGGACAAGAGAAGGUUGACUUAAAGCCCAGAUCUGGAAUUUGUGCUAGUAUAGAUCAACCCAUACCCAUGAAACCUGCAAACAGAAGGAAAACAGAACAGGUCAGUUCCAGGGAGACUACCGAAGAUGAAAUGGAAAUAAGUAGUGAAGCACAAUCCUCAUCUCAGGCUCUUUCCAAUGGUAUUGGAUCUGAUGAUGAUAAAGGGAAAAUGAUGGAAGAAGUCAUGAAAACGUAUAUUAAACAGCAAGAAAGGUUGCAUACAAUUUUGCAAAAGAAGCAGCAUCUUCAAAUGGAAGUUGAAAUGUUAAGUAGUUCCAAAGCCAUGAAGGAGCUGACAGAAGAGCAACAAAAUUUACAAAAAGAACUUGAAUCUUUGCAGACUGAGCAUGCUCAAAGAAUGCAAGAGUUUUAUGUUGAACAAAGAGAUUUAGAGAAGAAGCUGGAGCAGGUAAUAAAACAAAAAUGUACCUGCGAUUCCAGCUUGGAAAAGGACAAAGAAGCAGAAUAUGCAGCUCAGUUAGCAGAACUGAGGCAGAGGCUGGAUCAUGCAGAGGCCGAUAGACAAGAGCUCCAAGAUGAACUGAGACAGGAACGGGAAGCGAGACAGAAGUUAGAGAAGAUGAUCAAGGAAUUAAAACUUCAGAUUCAGAAAUCUUCAAAAAAUGGAAAAGGAAAAUAAAAUGCCAUCCAGAGUGCACCUGCAUUUUCUCAGCAAGGCUAAAAAAAAGUUUACCUGCCAAGGAGAGGUCAAGCCAUGGAAAAGUGAAGGUAUAGGGCACAAUUAUGGAAAAUUUUUCCUGUGCAUCUCACAUCAGUAGCGGAGGUGUUUGGGAACUCACAAACAUUUCUAUGGUGAUCUGCACAAGAAACGUUUUCAGUAGAUUAUGUCCAACAUGUGCAUAGAAAUCUACAAUAAUAUGUAUAUUUAUACAACUUCCAGACUGACCAAAUCUGUAUUUGUGCUGCUUUUUUUAUAGUUAUGAGCAACAUUGAAAUUUUAUGUUUUACAGUGGUCAGUAUGUAUCUGUUUAUUUUACAAACUGUCUUGAGGACUCUUACUGAAUGCAACAUUCUUGAUUCAAAGUUCACAGUAUCUACCUUUUUGCAUGCAAUUCAAGAAUCUAAAACUGAAAAAAAAGUAGUUUUAUUUUUGCUUUGCUCCAAUAUUUCAUUUCAUGAUUCUGUAUCAAAGAGAAAACUGUUAAUUGGAAAUCAUUAAACAGUGAAAACAUC